ACAGCUCAGCCUUGGAGGGCAGACAGAUAAUGAGUCCCUCCCGGCCCCCCUGGCCCCAGAGAGGGAGGGGUUUCCUGACAGGAAAUUGACCCAGAUCCGUCCCCCCACCCCGGUGGGGCUCCACUCCCCUCAGCCAGCAGUGCCCACUUGGAGCUUCCAGACCGAGGCUGGGACCAGCGGUCAGAGGGACUCAGGUGAGGGCCCUUCCCCUAGGGACCCCGGCUUCCCAGGCCCCAGCUCCUGGAAAGGGUUGGCAGGAGGUCCCGGCGCCACAAUGCCUAUCCUGAAGAGCCUUCGCAUGCCAGACCCAAAGGGGAGCCGCGCCAACACCCUGCCCCUGACGCCUUCCAGGAACCCCUUUGAGUCCUCGUCGGGGGCAGAGGACGAGGAGGAGAAGGGGGGGCUGGAUGCCUUCCGCAGGGAGUCAGCCCCUACCCUGCCCAAUGGGGCCUCGUGCCACCGCCGGGCCACCCUGGAGAAGCUGGUGGGCCUGUCACCCUUCAGGCUGGGCAGGGGAGGGGGCCGAAGGGUGGGCAGCCCUGGAGACGGGGAGUCGCGCUCCUUCCUGGGCCGGGUGCUGGGCCCUGGGGUCCGGCGGAGCUCUGCCGACUUUGGCCUCUUGGCCAGGCUCAACGGGGCCCGACAGGGUGGAUCAGGGGAUGCUGAGGCUGCAGGAGAGGCAGCCCGGAGGCUGGCCUUCUUGAGGCUGGGACGAGGGCCAAAGCCCCGGCGGGGCUCCCUGGCAGAAAGGCUGAUGCCCUCAGGGGAGCCAGCCCUGGGGACGCCACCCCCAGCCCCAGCGCCACCCAAGGCGAAGGAGCCGCUGUCUGUCCUAGAGAUCCUCAGUUUGAUCCAGAAGCGGGAAUUGGCACGGGCAGAUGAGCACAUCCUGGAGUUGGAGGCUGAAGAGAAGCUGAUGACCUCGGGCUCCAGCCCUAGCAGCCUAGAGGGUGGCCGGGGUCUCCCUGAGGGUCGCCGGGCCCGAGAUGUGACCCUCCUCUAUGAGGCCCUGCAGCGAGAGCUCUGGGCACUGGUCAGGGAGACCCUGGCAGACCCUGGGGCCACUGGGGGGCCUGGAGGGGCUCCCCUGACCCAGCUGGGCCAGGUCCUGGCCCAGGAAGAGGAGGCCGAUGGGCGCCGGGGACCAGGAGCAGCCCGAAGGUUCCGGGCUCGCUGGGCUGAGGCUGUGGCCCAGGUGGCUGGGGAGCGACUGGAGGAGGCUGCCAGGACAGAGGCCGAGGCCAUGGCCGGGAGGCUGGAAGCCCUGAGAUCUAGGCUUCGAGAAGACAUGGGAGCUGUUCGGACCCGCCUGGCACCCGCUUACCCACCGAGCCUGGGAGCCUUCGGAGUCUAUCUUCGAGGCUAUCAUGGGGCGCUCUCUGACUGGCUGAGGAAGGCCACCUACCACUGGCUCCCUCUGGCUGACCGCUAUGCCCUUCUGUAUUGGCACAACCAAGUUUAUCCAAGGGAGAUCUCGGGCCUGGUGAACAUGGUGGCCCUGGAGAAUGGCCAGCUGGGGCCCCUGCUUCCCGCUGAAACUGUUCGGAGCCUAGAGGAUGAAUGCGUGACUGACGUCAAGGCGCAGACUAGAGCUGCUCUACUCCAAACCCUGCAGGAAGAGGAAGAGCAAUGGAUCGGGGCUGAGGACCAGCCCAGCAGCCUGGCUCAAGAUGUCUGUGAGCUGCUGGAGGAGCACACAGACCAGGCCCCUCGCAUCAGCCAGGAAUUUGGGGAACGGAUGGCACACUGCUGCCUGGGAGGACUGGCCGAAUUCCUGCAGAGCUUCCAGCAGCGGGUAGAGCGCUUCCAUGAGAACCCAAGCGUCCGGGAGCUGCCGCCUGACAGCUAUAUCAGCCGGACAAUUACCCUGGUGAACUGUGGUCCCCCUCUCCGGGCCCUGGCUGAGCGUCUGGCCCGGGUGGGGCCCCCGGAGAGUGAGCCAGCUCGAGAGGCUGCCGCCAACGCUCUGGACCGAGUUACCCGCCUCUGCCACCGGGUCCUGGCCGACCUGCUCUUCCAGGAGCUGCAGCCCCACUUCUCCAAACUGAUGCGGCGGAAAUGGCUAACCAGCUCCGAGGCCCUGGAUGGCAUCGUGGGGACCCUGGGGGCUCAGGCCCUGGCCCUGCGAAGAAUGCACGACCAGCCUUACCAGGCCCUGGUGGGGGAGCUGCACCGAAGGGCCCUGGUGGAAUACGUGCGGCCCUUGCUGCGGGGACGUCUUCGAUGCCGGUCAGCCCGCUCCAGGAGCCGUGUGGCCGGGAGGCUGAGGGAUGAGGCUGCCCAGCUCCAGAGACUCUUCAGACGCCUGGAGUCUCAGGCCUCCUGGCUGGAUGCUGUGGUGCCACAUCUGGCCGAGGUGCUGCAUCUGGAGGACACGCCGAGCAUCCAGGUGGAAGUUGGGGUCUUGGUGCGGGACUACCCGGACAUCAGGCGGAAGCACGUGGCCGCCCUCUUGGAUGUCCGGGGACUUCGGAGCGCGGCGGCCCGCCACGAGAUCCUGGCCGUGGCGCGGGACCUGGAGCAGAGCGCGGAAGGGGCCCCCGCCCCGCCCAGGGACCGAGCCUUUUUCGCCGACAUUCCCGUCCCUCGGCCCCCUUUCUGCCUGGGCCUCCCCCUCCCACUUGCCCGACUGCCCCUCGACCGACUGGCCAGGCCCCAUCUGGCGUGCCUGCCCCGACCGCGGCCCCGAUCCCCGGCGCGGCCCCGGGCCCAGCCCUGAGGGACCAGGACGCCUAGAACCCGCCCUGCGAUGCUGCCAGUCUGCUCUGUCCCCACCUCUGCUGCGGCCGGGGAGGGUUCUGGCCCGGCUUGCAAACCGGGUCCUAGACCAGGGGGUGUCAGAGCCGGGAGAGGCCUCGGACCAGAAGGGCCCAGAAGCCCAGGAUCGGGACUGGGAGAAGCUCUAGAACCCGGAACGUCGGCGCCAGGACAGAGUGUUGGCGCUGGGAGGGACCUCCAGACCGAAAAGGAAGCUAGGCUGUAGAGCAAGAAUCGAUCAAUCAGCCCAUCCGCAUUUAUUAGGCGCCCACUGUGUGCCAGGCAUCGGACCACGAGCCUAGACUGUCCCGGUGGGAAGAGGCUUAGUUCAUUUAGUAGUUUCAUCCCCGUUUUAUGGCUCCCCAGUGGAGGAAGGGACUUGCCCAAGGUCAUGCGGGGAGCUGGGGUCCCACAGAAAUAAGGGAGGCUGCCCACCCCCCCUCCAUCCCUCUUCCCUCUAAAUGUCUUCUGGGGCGGCUCCUCGUGUAAUAAAGAAUGUAUGAUUAUAAAAUAAAGAUUUCUAUUUAACAA